AAAAGAUCAUAUUAUCGAAAAAGAAAACAACAAUAAAAAAAAAACCUUAUUUAUAAGUUAUAGCAAUACAAGAGGUGAACUACUGAACUGGACUAAUUUAGUGAAUAUACAAGACGUGUUGAAGUAUAUACAACUGCAACUACAUUCAUUACUCAUUUACAAUUUUAUUACUUUCUACGAAUACGUUAUUAUUAUUAUUAUUGUACUAUCAGCUGCUGAAAAGCGUGUCCCAGUUUCGCUCUGUCUAAGUAUUUUGCCGAUUGUUCCCUUUCUCUUCGAAACUAGUUUCAACGAUCAUGAACGCCGCCACACAGUCAGCAGUCCUGUUGCAUAAUGGGAUAUCAGAGGAUAAAUCGAGAAAACUUCAAAUGCAGUUGAUGAUGGAAAAGCUGCGGAGCAAAGCACUUCAGUCCCAGUACAAACCGUUGACGGACUCUAUUAAAAACAUCAAACUAGCUUUACUGGAAAAACGUAUUAAUGUAGAUCCAAAUGAAAAAUGUCUUGUUCAAAAAUCUCUGGAUCUACUACAACAAAAUAUCAAGGUGACUACUUUGCAGACAAUGAUUGAACGUUUAGACAGUGUCAGCAGGCAUUUAGGUUUAAAGUUUACUGUUGGUCCUUCUGGUAAAGAUAUAUUUGUUUCUUCAGAUAUGUUUUAUUUGGAAAUUAUAUUAGAAGACAAUGGAGGAGUAAAAGAUGUGAAGAUUCAUCAUGAUGGAAAAUCAGAACCACAAAGUUGCGCUGAUCUGAUAAAAAGUCUUGCCAACUGUGACUUUGCUGAUUUUACAUCUCAACUUGAAGGAUUAGCAUCUAUUUAUCAAUUGAAUGCAGAUAAAAUGGUUAAGUGUCGUGCUUUUAAUGCUCUUCAAACUCUAGAAGCUGAUUUAGAAACUUUUGCCCAAGUUCAUUACACUUAUCAUAAAGAUUUGAUAUCAAUGGUACAUAAGACUCCAUUAGGAGUAGUUAAACCUAGAAGAGGAGGACAUCCAAUGAAAAUAAUUUUUUUUGUUUCUCCUUAUGAUUUAUUGGAUGUAGAAAAUAAUACUAUGAUGAAUUUAGACAAGGAAACUCUUGAUGUUGGUUGUUAUGCCACGGUAUGCAUUGAAGCAGCUACCACAACUAAUGUUCAGUCUACUUCAUUAUUAAGUGCUUCUAGAAGUUCAACCGGGAUAAAUACGCCAAUAUUUGUACCAUUUACAGUUCAAAACAGUAUUACUCUUCCUGCAGUAUUUGUAUUGAGAUUAAACGAACCAAUGCCAAUUUGCCUCCAAUUAGCUGAAAAUAUAAAAUCUGUUAUUGAAAUGGAUUUAGAGAUGUCUGCACCUAGAUCUUUGCUUGGAAUGAUCAUUGAACCAAGUUCACAACCUCUCAGUGUUACAUUACCAGAUCAGCAGCAUUGCUAUUUUUUGACCGAUUCCAAUCUAAAAGGUGUAUUUAUACAAAACAUAAAAUUUACUCAUCCAUCUCAAGUAACUAGAAUUAUAGCUUAUCUCCGACAACAAGCAUUAUUCAAUUGUUUGAUUCGUUCAUGUGUGCGUCCCGAAUGUCAGCAGGAAAUGUUCAAUACAACAGUAUUUGAAAUUGCUGCAUAUGAAGAAAUGUCUUGGCAACAUUUAGUUGUUUCAUUUGAACAUCCGAUUGAAGAAAGUUUAGCAACUGCUGAAUUUGAUCUAUCUGAUAUAUCUAGACUGCAGUGUCAGGUUUACACAUCUUCAUCAGAAACAAACGGUGAAUCGGUUUUAACUUCACCUGAAUUUGCGAGUAGAGUACUGCAAAGAUGUUUUUCAAUUCCAAUAACAAUGCGAAGUCUUAUCCAAACUUGGGAACGAGAAAACCAACAGAGCCUUGAAACUAAUAUUAAAAAUAAUUUAUCUGGAACUGGAGGAUCAACCAAUUUAGGGGAUAGCUCUGACUUAAAUCAACAUUUUGCUGAUCCUUCAGCUGGUCCUGAUUUUUCAUCUGAUCUAGAUGUCAAACUUGAACCUUUGGAUGGAGCUAGUUCUCUUGAUUGUUUUCCAGCAUCCAUGAUUCAAAGGGAUUUGGACCAAUAUAUUUCAGACCCCUCAUUUUUGCCUGAUAUAGAUUUUAAUCAAUUUCCAAUGGAUGUUGAUCAAGAAGAACAAAAAGAGCAGUCGUCUUUUAGGGAUGCCAGCCUUCAAGAAGAUCCACCUGAUCCAAAAAACUCACCAACUAAAACUGAGGAACUGAUAAGCAUAUUAGCAGAUGAUAAUGGAAAAGGUGAAGACGAAAAACCUCCUCCAGACACAGGUCAAGUCAUAAUAGAAACAUCAAGUGACGACUCCGUGGAAAAAAGUAGUUCUACAGUUUCUGGAGAAUUUGACACUAUAAAUGAAGAUGUUGAACAAUCCAGCCAAUCAUUAUUUGAAAUUGACGAUGAUGGUCCAGAUCUUCAUGAUCUCAAUGAUGUUAAAGAAUUUAUUAAAAUGACAGCUAAAGAGGCAUUAGUUUCUAUGAAAGACGAAGACAAAAAAGACAUUACUUCAGAUAAAAUACACCAAUCGCCUUCAGUUAGUAUAACAGCUGUGGAUUUAAGUUCUAUUCCUUCUCCACAAAUAUUACCACAAGUUACUGUUGACAGAAGGCCAAAUAUUGAAGUUAUACCCAUACCAAAUGUACCUAGCUCUAUAACUAUAACUCCGAUUUCUGCUAAGACUAUAGCUGAAGAGAAGUCUAAGAAAAGUAAAAAAGAUAUUGAAGGUAAAAUAGAAAAGAAAAGGAAGAGGAAAUUGGAGACUGAAACCAAUGUACCUGAAAAAUUAAAAAAACACUCUGGGUCUCUUAAAAUGUCAGACUCCAGUCGGUCAUCAUCACCAAGUGAUUAUGCUUCAAAUCAGUUACCUUCAAGUACUAUGAUGAUGAAGUUGGGAACAGCUCAAAAAUUAAAACAAAGUACAUCCCCUACUUUAUCUAUUAGCAGUGUAUCAUUGCCUAAUUCUAAUAAGUAUACAGUAACUUCACCAAAGUCAAAUUCUGGCAAGCCUAGUCUGUCUGCGUUAAAAAUGUCUGUCCAUAGUCCAAAAAGUGAAUCAAAGCAAAAAAGUAAAGAAUUUUCAAAGGACAAGGAAAAACGAAGUUAUGCUUCUAGUAACUCUUCGUUGAGCCAAAGCCCUAAAAGUUCAAAAUCGAGUUCUAAGAAAAGUGAUAUUGAAGAUCUUGGAACUCCUAUUCCUCCGGACUCAAAUAAGGCUCAAAUGAAAUGCCGCAAGCUAAGUGCUGUGAUAGAUCGUUUGUCAAAAGACAAAACUGCUCAACAUUACUCCGUUGAUUCUGAAGUACCUAAAAAUAAAGAAUCUACUCCAAAAGCUUUUGAUAAAGGAAUAGCAUUGAAUACAAAUAUAAAUAUGAAAAAUCCUGACUCUUACCAGGUAAAACAUAGUUCUGAUGGAAUGAAGAUAACAAUAAAUAAAACAAGAACAAAGGAGUCAAAACAAAAAAGUUCGGUGGCUGGUUCUCCUAAACCUGGACCAAAAUCUGGAAGUUUCAGUGGAUUAAACAGUAAAAAGACUACCUAUUCAAUCCCAAAACCUGGUCCGAGUUCUUCUCAAUCUAAACAAUCAUUUAGUGUACCAAAAAAUAAGUCAAACUUGACUGUAACCAAAGUAAAAUCUGGAUCGGGCAAAAUAAGAAGUGAAAAGUCUAUUUUUGCUAGAGCUGAGAUGAGAAAAUCUAGUCCAACGUCUAAAGACGAAGAAUCUUUAAAAGUAGUUAAUCCUGUUGAGAGCAUUAUUAAACAUAAAUUAGAUACGAGUAAGUUUCAAAUUCCAAAACUUUCUGCUCGAGCUAACGCUGAUGAAAAAAGAUGUACUGAAACAAAAGCCGAUACUUCUAAACCCAUGGAUUUAGCGAAGAAGAGCGAUGUGGACAAAAAGUACAACCAGGGUGAUUAUAUUUGCCAGAAAAAAAGUACAACAGAGCGAUUAAAUUCAUUACCUGGUAUAACAGUUACGACAGUUGAAGAAAGACUUAAACCCAAAGAAUCUGCUUUGAGUAGCCUAAAAAUUGACUUACCUUUAAUUUCUUUCCAUACCCCAAAAGCUGACACAACUGUUGAAAUGUCAGAAUGUAAAGACUACUCACAAAAAAAAGAGGAAAUACCGAAUAACUCUGUAUAUCAACCAAAGCCUGUUACUCCUGUUACAACAUACGCGACGACACCCUCUGUAUCGGUACAUAUUCUCAAAUCUCCUGUACCAUCACCAUUAUUAGUACCUUCACCACAUUCAGCAUCUCCUUCAAUUACAGAUGAAGAACUCAUUGAUGAUGCAUUCGUGCGUGUUGGUAAAUGAUUGUCAAUUAUACAAAAGCCGAUUGAGCCGAUUGGCUUUUGUAUUCAAAAACAAAAUCAAUAUCCAAUUUAUUAAUAUGUAAAAUGUAAAUACUGUACAAUACUUUUUUUGAUUUAAUCUCUUGAUAAAUAAAACUAUAUACACCUUAAUAUGUUAUCAUUCUCAAUAUUAAUUUUGUUUUAUUUUUUUAGUGUCUUCUUUUACGUAACUAACUUAUUACAUAUUAUAUUUAAAUAUUUUUGUUUAAAGUAAGUUAUUUUCACUGUAUGAAAAAAAUAAAUGAAUAAAAUCCACUGUUUUAUUUUUAUA